CAUGUACUACUCUGUUUCUGUCAAUAACGACGACAUAUAAAGAAUGCUCUUAAUGGGCUUUGGAGAACUCAGGAGAGAGUUACCAGUUGCUCCUCUGUUUCGUCAGACAAAGGAAGAGCCUUUCUAUUCUCUAUCUAUGGCGGAUGCUCAGGGAGAUGAUCUAGCUGAAUCGCUACAGAGUCUGUUCACGAAUGUAUCAUCCAUGGUGAAAUCCGAGCUCCAGGGAACGAACAAUCAGAUGGAUCUGUUGGAGAAGAUGAACGUGAGAGUUGCGGCCGAGUACGAUGAUUUGGGUGACGUGGCGGCUGGGCUCAGAGUUUUUGCGGAGCAGAUGAAGUUGAAAAGUGGCGGCUUUGAUGAGUUCGUGGGACAGAUGGACGCGAUCGAGAAACAAGUGUCGGAGUUUGAAGCUGUCGUCUCUGUUCUUGAAAGGUACGUCUCUGUCCUCGAAUCCAAUAUUCGAGCCUGAGUACAUUCAUCAUCGUCGCUCCAAUAAGUCAAUGACUAUGUUACAGAUUGAUUCACCAUUCUUUGUGGCUUUUUUUUUUUCUCAAACGCUACUGAGAUUUGAUGAAAGCUGUUAUCUCUGUUCCAUUCAGUUGUCACAUUAUUUGAAUUUGGCAAAACUCGACUCGUCUCCAUUCAGUUUAAGUUAACCAAACUGUUAUUGUUGUUAAUUACAAGAAACUGCAUCCCUAUGUUAAUUUGGUCAAAUCUGGUUUAACUCAGUGUCUUGAAACGAACCAGUUGUUGUGUUCUUAAGCUCACUGUUGCCUCUGUUUCUAUCAUCAACAACGGAUAAACAAAUGAAAAAUGUUUUUAGUGUUACCACCAUUAGAGUCCUUAGCAUUAUUUUAGUAAUUUUUUUUUUUUUGAAUAGUUAAGAAUUCUAAUAAAAAAUGUUUGUCCAAUGGUAUAUCUAAUUAGGAGUUCUUAGGUAUAAUCUUGUCCCAUGUUUCCUUCACCUGAAAAAGAUUUACAAGAUAGAAAUUAGACAUCAAAAGUAAUCAACUUGUUCUCCUAUACAAUCGAACUUGUUCUCCUAUACGUUCACAACAUUAAAAAAUCUGACUUACAAACAAUCUGAAAA